GCCCGGGCUCAAUGGAAAGCGGAGCGACGGCAUUGUUCGGAAGGCUCCUCGCCUAUUGACGGGAGCAGCCGUGUACACGGGCUUCUCAUUCCUUCAUUGUUUGCUUAUGGAAAGUAAGGGGGAGUGACAAGAGGGGGAGUUAAAAAAAAAAGAGGGAGGAAAGGAGCGGGGAAAAAAAGAGGGAGGCUCCGGCCGGCCCGUGCUAUUAGCCCGGCUGGGAGAGCGCCUGCCGCUGGCAUGUGACACGGCUGAGGCGGGCGGCACGGAACGCGGACCGCAGGGAUGAGGCUCCGGCAGCUGCUGUGCGUCGUGUUCCUGCUCCUGGCCAGCCUGCUGCCCGCCGCCGCGCAGAGACCGGCCAACCUGGCCCUGCGCAGGAAGCUGCACCGACACAGCUGCUCGCACCGCCGCUGCAUGCCGCUCCACUCCCGCGUGCCCUUUCCCUGAACGCCCGGCAAAGCAAUUUCAUAAUGGGCUUUUCAGUGUCUUAAAGGAGGAAGCUGCAACAACUGCACUGAUAGAGAAGCUCAUUCUAAGUACAGUUUGCCGACAGCUGACCUGGUGGAGCCACAACAAUUCUGUUUUGAGGCAAUCCAUCUAAAAUGAACACUUUCAGCAGUCUGGUGUAUCACAUUCUGCAUGACCUGGAACAAAGGCCCAUGACUCAUAUCCUAGAAGCGGGGGGAAAGGAGAAAUGGGGGAGGUGGGGGGAGGAUGUACAUGAAACUUUACUGGUUGAAAUGCACAUCAUUUGAAUCUCACAGUGAUCAGUGAAAAUUAAAGACCAAGUCAAACAUCAGAUACCCGAAAUGGAUUUUCAGUGGCAUGAAGAAGGAUUUGUCCAAAGGGACCCUUAAUGGUCUGUACUAUUUAGAUGAAGAAAUUGGAUGUGCUGUUGAUCGUAUUCAACUCAGGCUAUGCAUGUAAAGCAAUAUUUAGUGUGAAAUGAUGUCAGACUUAUACACAGAACUGCUUAAGUCUAUUUUUAGUUAGUACAUUCAUAUAUUAAUGAUACGUAUGUUUUAACACCUAACGUUUCAUCUUUAUGAAUUUAUCUUUGUAGCAUUGCAGAAUGUGUUACUGUAAAUAGCACCAAAGUCAGCACCAUGCCAGUACUCCUAGCUUUCACUAAGCAUUCCCACAGUGAAGAAAUUAUGAUAUAAGAAAGUAAAGGGAGCAUUAUCUCUCAUUCUCUAGGCAGAGAAUUAAGGCACACAGAGAUAAGAGAUAAGCCAAGGGUCAUGCAAAACCUACUGCAAAACUGAUAACUCAAGUCUCCCAAGUCAGGCCUUAAGGUCAAGCCCAUCCUGCUGUUUAAUGAGCUGUUAUUGCAAAGCCUAUCAUUUGUUCCCUUAAACUGGGCUGUCAAACCAGGCAGCUAAAACAUUUUUGAAAACUCAGUAAUAUAGAUCUACUUGUUCAGUAGUUUUCCUAAAAUACUCACGACAGCAUUAUAAAUAGAGCAUAAAAAUAGGCCAUUGAAAAGAAACCUUUGUCUGAUCACCACCGGUGCUCUGUAGUACACUGUUCCUGUGGUUAAAAUGAAUGGAAUACUGGGAACGUGGCACUACAAUGAAUAGGAACGUAAAAGAGAAAAACAAGCCGUUCUCCUCUGCACCAGAGGUCAAGAAUAAACUUAGCUUUUAUUUCACUUUUUAAAAAUAAGCUUUUUACAGCUUUUUAUAUUGGCAGAAAUUACCAAUUACAUAUAAAGCAAAACAUGGCAGCCCUUUCAUUAAGAGGAAAUGAAACAACCCAGAAAUUUAGUUGUAUCCAGAUUGGCACCACGCUGGUUUUAAAUAUCAAAAGUUUCAUAAAAAGGAAAUAGUUAUAAGGAUGAGCAAAGACUAACAGUGUAAUUAUCUAAAUUCACUAUUGGAAUUCUGUUUCAUAAAGCAUAGUUACUAAUAAGUGAAAUAUCAACAAUCAUUAAGACUGGAUAGUUGAAUCUUCCUAAUCAGUGUCCAGUUGUAACCCCUUAUCUCUUAAGGAUUUGAAACCCUAGUCAGAAUUGCAUUGGAAAAAUACAACAAGAGUUUCAAAUUUCUCCAUAUAGAAAACAUACAGGAAAGUUUAACAUCAACUUAUGCUGGGUUUUUGAAAAAAUGGACAGUGCAUCAAAAAGUCAAACUUGUCUAUACCAACAAACAGCCACCAAGGUAAAUCUUUGGAGUUAGUUUUCAAAAUUAGAAGCAUGCUGCCAUUAGUUUUUUUUUUUUUAAUUUAAACUUAGCCUUCUUAUAUGUCUAAAGCAGAGAUUAUGGAAAGCAAGACAUCUUAAAAGUAACUAUUUAAUGGUUAUCUUAAUAAUGAGUGUAUAGAUUUAAUACCAGAGUCCUAUAUAUGCAUGUUCCUUUAUGAAUAUAAAAAGAAAUACAACACCCAAAGUGUCCUAGGAAGCCUGUUGUCAGUCUCUACAAAACUAUUUAAAAUAUCUGUGGGGUUUUUUUGGCAUGUUGGUAACAAAAUUUUCUUUGAGAAGGACAUUGAUGGCAAUAUAUGAUAGAUAUGUUUAUAUGCUAGCUGAUUGUAUAUUUUGUAAAAAGUAUGCACUUCAAAUAGCAAUGCUUCAUUUUAAGUAAUCCUUGUACACUGCUCGACAUUGCUAUUCUUCAGAUGUCAGAGGUGAUGCACCUAAAGAAAAUAGAGGUUUUUUCUACUUCUACUGUAAAUUGACAUGGGAUCCAUGUGUAAAACCUUUUCUUUCUGGAUUUCUUACAAAUAAAUGCUAAAUUCUGGUAAAAGUCAUAAG